AUACACGUCUAGUUAUCUCAUCAACGGCGGCAAAGCAGAGGAACACAUACGCUCGCGUCUUACGCAGAUCAAGAUUCGUCACCCCGGAAAAAGAAACACGAAGAACAAACCAACACGUUGCUCGCCAUUGUAGUCUUCCCCUUGUAAUAAUAACAAACAACAAUACGGAAAAAAAAAAAAACAAUAAUAAUAAUAAUUAAAGAAACAGUCCAUAUAUUAUUCUUAUUCUUCUCAAAAUCGAAAUCGAAAUCAAACUCAAACUCUGUUUGAUCUGAGAUCCAAAGGUUUUUGAUGGAGAGCCUGGCGCAGUUAGAGGCAUUGUGUGAGAGGUUAUACAAUUCACAAGAUUCUGCGGAGCGAGCGCACGCAGAGAACACUCUCAAGUGCUUUUCUGUGAAUACGGAUUACAUUUCACAAUGCCAAUACAUUCUUGACAAUGCGUUGACGCCAUACGCGUUGAUGCUGGCUAGUUCGAGUUUGUUGAAGCAAGUCACUGAGCAUAGCCUCGCCUUGCAGCUCCGUCUUGAUAUCAGGAAUUAUUUGAUAAACUAUUUGGCGACAAGAGGACCUGAAUUGGAGCCAUUUGUGACGGCUUCGUUGAUUCAACUCUUGUGUAGACUUACCAAGUUUGGUUGGUUUGAUGAUGAUAGAUUCCGUGACUUGGUUAAAGAGUCCACGAAGUUCUUGAGUCAGGCAAUAUCAAAUCACUGUGCCAUUGGUUUGAAGAUAUUGAAUCAACUUGUGUCUGAGAUGAAUCAGCCUAAUCCAGGGUUGCCUUCAACACAUCAUCGACGGGUUGCGUGCUCCUUUAGGGAUCAGUCACUAUUUCAAAUAUUUCAAAUAUCUUUAACAUCAUUGAGUCAACUGAAAAAUGAUGUUGCCAGUCAAUUGCAAGAAUUGGCUCUUUCUCUCUCUCUCAAAUGUUUAUCUUUUGAUUUUGUUGGGACUUCUAUUGAUGAAAGUUCAGAAGAGUUUGGUACUGUUCAGAUUCCAUCUUCUUGGCGACCAGUUUUAGAGGAUCCUUCAACACUGCAAAUAUUUUUUGAUUAUUAUGCUAUUACAGAGGCUCCUCUUUCUAAGGAGGCAUUGGAAUGCUUGGUUAGAUUGGCUUCCGUUAGACGUUCUUUAUUUACAAAUGACGCAGCUCGCUCUAAGUUUUUGGCCCAUUUGAUGACAGGAACCAAAGACAUACUUCAAACAGGGCAAGGUCUUGUUGAUCAUGAUAAUUACCAUGAGUAUUGUCGCCUUCUUGGACGUUUCAGAGUGAAUUAUCAGCUGUCAGAGCUUGUGAAUGUGGAAGGCUAUAGCGAUUGGAUACAGUUAGUAGCAGAGUUUACUCUGAAGUCCUUGCAGUCUUGGCAGUGGGCCAGCAGCAGUGUAUACUACCUCUUGGGGCUUUGGUCUAGACUGGUGACAUCUGUACCUUAUUUAAAAGGUGAUGCACCAAGUCUGCUUGAUGAAUUUGUGCCCAAAAUUACUGAGGAAUUUAUCACAUCUAGGUUUAACUCGGUACAGGCUGGAUUCCCAGAUGAUCUUUCAGAGAAUCCACUUGACAAUGUUGAACUCCUUCAGGAUCAGCUAGAUUGCUUUCCUUACCUUUGCAGAUUCCAGUAUGAAACCAGUGGCUUGUAUAUAAUAAAUUUAAUGGAGCCUGUUCUUCAGUCAUAUACGGAAAGAGCACGUGUACAGACCGGUAAUAACAAUGAACUCUCCGUCAUUGAAGCAAAACUUGCUUGGAUUGUUCAUAUUAUUGCUGCUAUUCUGAAAAUAAAACAAUGCACUGGUUGUAGCAUGGAAUCACAAGAAGUGCUUGAUGCAGAACUUUCAGCUCGUGUUUUGCAAGUAAUAAAUGUCACUGACAGUGGGCUGCACACCCAGAGGUAUUGUGAAUUGAGUAAGCAGAGACUUGAUCGGGCAAUUCUCACUUUUUUCCAGCAUUUCAGAAAGUCUUAUGUAGGUGAUCAAGCUAUGCAUUCCUCCAAGCAGUUAUAUGCGCGGUUGUCUGAGCUUCUUGGACUUCAUGAUCAUUUGUUACUACUGAAUGUCAUUGUUGGGAAGAUUGCUACAAAUCUCAAGUGUUACGCUGAGAGUGAGGAGGUUAUUGAUCACACAUUGAGUUUGUUCUUGGAGCUGGCAUCAGGAUAUAUGAUCGGCAAGCUUCUUUUGAAGUUGGAUACCAUCAAGUUUAUAGUAGCAAAUCAUACUAGAGAGCACUUUCCUUUCCUGGAACAAUAUAGAUGCUCCCGCAGCAGGACAACUUUCUAUUACACUAUUGGCUGGUUGAUUUUCAUGGAGGAUAGCCCUGUGAAAUUCAAGUCUUCAAUGGAUCCGCUUUUACAAGUUUUUAUCACAUUGGAAUCAACUCCGGAUUCAAUGUUUCGUACUGAUAUGGUGAAGUAUGCUUUGAUUGGGUUAAUGAGGGAUCUCCGAGGAAUCGCAAUGGCCACAAAUAGUCGCAGAACGUAUGGGCUAUUAUUUGACUGGUUAUAUCCAGCACACAUGCCACUUCUCUUGAAAAGCAUCUCACAUUGGACUGAUACUCCAGAGGUUACUACUCCUUUGUUAAAAUUUAUGGCUGAGUUUGUGUUAAACAAAGCCCAGCGUUUGACUUUUGACUCAUCUUCUCCUAAUGGCAUUCUUCUUUUUCGGGAAGUUAGUAAGCUAAUUGUAGCUUAUGGAUCAAGGAUUUUAGCUCUACCAAAUGCUGCAGAUAUAUAUGCCUUCAAAUACAAGGGCAUAUGGAUUUGUUUAACUAUUCUCUCAAGAGCUCUUGCAGGAAACUAUGUCAACUUUGGCGUGUUUGAACUAUACGGUGAUAGAGCUCUCUCUGAUGCACUUGACAUUGCUCUUAAAAUGGCACUUUCUAUUCCUUUGGCUGAUAUAUUGGCCUUCAGGAAGUUAACAAGGGCAUACUUUGCAUUCUUAGAGGUUUUAUUCAGUAGCCAUAUCAGUUUUAUAUUGAAUUUGGAUACAAACACCUUUAUGCACCUAGUUGGUUCUCUUGAAUCUGGCCUCAAAGGUCUGGAUACGAAUAUUUCUUCACAGUGUGCUUCUUCUGUUGAUAAUUUGGCUGCUUUCUAUUUCAACAAUAUAACUAUGGGGGAGGCUCCCACUUUACCUACUGCAAUUAAUCUGGCAAGACACAUUGCAGAGUGCCCCAAUUUGUUUUCGGAGAUAUUGAAGACCUUAUUUGAGAUUGUUUUGUUCGAAGAUUGUGGCAACCAGUGGAGUCUUAGCAGACCUAUGUUGAGCUUAAUUCUUAUUAGUGAGCAGAUAUUCUCAGAUCUAAAAGCUCAAAUUUUGGCUUCACAGCCGGUGGAUCAACAUCAAAGACUCUUUGUUUGUUUUGAUAAACUAAUGGCAGAUGUUACUCGAAGUUUGGAUUCAAAGAAUAGGGACAAGUUCACCCAGAAUCUGACCGUAUUUAGGCACGAAUUUCGUGCAAAAUAAAAAAAAACCUGUGUGCGCACUAGCUAGUGGUAUUUUUCUGGAGUGAAUCGUAUGUGAUGAAGUUCAUUCUAUUGAAUCUCAAGAUUCAUCAUGUCUGAGUACUCCUGGUAAACCUGGAUCCUUUGGUCAGUUUUGUUGUCUGACUUGAAGCGGAGCGGGCAGGCUGCACUUGAGUCAGUAGGUGUGAUGUGGGGAGGUCAAUUCUUGUAUGAAUUAUUUUUGUGGUGUUAUUGUAUAGAUUUCUUGUACUUGAAGAGGCUAAGUAUUAAAUGGUAGAAUACAUAGGUGGCGUGCCAUCCCGGAGAUUCCUGAGGUUUUGCAGAGUAGUAGUGAUGGGUUGGUUUGAGUGGUGGGGGAAUGGCAAAGAAGUAAAUCAUUCAUGAGGUUUACAUGUUUCAGAGUGCGUGUACAGUAACCUCAACAUGCAUAUUCUUUGUAUUUGUUGAUAAUAGAAAGAAAGAAGAAAAGGGAAAUUUAGAGUCAAA